UGAACACGUGUUUCGCGCUGUUUAAAUAAAGUUUUGUUUGUUUUCGAUGACCGCAAAGAUGGCUUCCUCUUUACUAAAGGUUGCAGGUCUCUCGAGGUGUGCAUUGCACACCUUACCUUCAGUGAGGGCAUUGUCUCUGACUGUACCCGUCAGUCAAGGUGUCCCUCGGUCAUUAUGGAAGUUAGGCAGGCUGAAUCAUGUGGCUAUCGCAGUGCCAGACCUAGAGAAAGCCACAGCACUCUACCGUGAUGUGCUGGGGGCUCAAGUAAGCGCCACUGUGCCUCUCCCUGAGCAUGGGGUGUACACUGUGUUUGUGGAACUGGGAAACACCAAAUUAGAGCUUCUGCACCCUCUGGGAGAGAAAAGCCCUAUUGCAGGAUUCCUGCAGAAGAACAGAGCCGGGGGGAUGCAUCAUAUCUGUAUCGAGGUGGAUGAUAUCAAUGCUGCAAUAGUUG